GCUGGCCUUGCUAGGCUUGGGGCUGAUGGGCCUGGCCAGCCUGUACCUCUUGCAAAAUCACCUGGACUUCUACAGCGUGCUUAUCCGAUGGCAGGCCCCGCGAGAAAUGGCACAUACUCCCGACUACCAAAAUGUGGAAGCCCUGCCCUUUAUAUUCAAUAAAGUUUUGCGCUACCUACUCAACGACCUGUUUGCCAUCGCCAUUUUAUAUGGCUUGUUUUUCAAACGAAAGUAUUUGCGCUUUUCCUUUGCGGUGAUGGUCUUUGGCCUGGUGAUUUUAGUGCCGGUGUACCUCGUCAUUUACCUGCAACAGCCGCCCGGUUUAUCCUCUAUGCUCUCGCAUUUGCACCGCCUGGUGAUGAACCCGGUUUUGAUGAUGGUGUUGAUUCCGGCUUUCUUUUAUCAGGAGCAAAGUGGUUAG